ACCUUCCAGUUCUAACUCCACAGCUUCUCCUACUCGCGCCUCAACUUGCUUCGCUGAUUCAUUCAGUUCAAGCUCAUGUCUGAACAAUUAGCUUGUAACCAAAGGAAUCAGAUUCUAUGGGUAUAGAUCUCGAACAACCAUCAGGAGAAUAUCAUAAGGAAGAUAGUAGACAGAAUGUGAAUGCUGUUGCGGUGGAUGGUGCAGAUGAAGGGCUUUAUAGAGAUCCAACUAAUGGGAGUUUACUCAACUCAGCUAGAAAUGUUAAGGAGAAUAUGGGACCAACUGCCGAGAAAAGAUUAGAUAAGGGAAGCAAAUCACAAACUGGUGCUGAAAUAAACUUGAAUUCAUCAAAAAAUUUAGAGCCCCAUGAUGGAAUGGAGUUUGAAUCAAAGGAAGAAGCCUUUUCAUUCUAUAAAGAAUAUGCAAAGUCUGUGGGUUUUGCUGGUGUAAUAAAGGCAAGCCGUCGAUCCAGAGUAACUGGAAAAUUUAUUGACGCCAAAUUUGCAUGUACUAGAUACGGGACCAAGCGAGAAUCUAGUGCAGAUGAAACUCCAGAAGGUGUUUCAAAUGCAGAUGGCACAACUAUAUUUGCUGUAAAAAGAAAGCGGGGCCGUGUUAAUCGAUCAUGGGAGAAAACGGAUUGCAAAGCGUGUUUGCACGUUAAGACAAGGGAUGAUGGCAGAUGGAUUAUUAGUAGUUUCACAAAGGAGCAUAAUCAUGAAAUUUUUCCUGAUCAAGCCUAUUACUUCCGGGGGCAUAGAAAUUUAGAAUUAGGAAGUAGUGAUACUGACGCCUUGCAUGCUAUCCGGGCAAGAACCAAAAAGAUGUACGUUACAAUGUCCAGACAGUCUGGUGGUCAUAAGAAAAACGAAAGUCGAAAGGGUAGUGGAUCAAAUCAAUUACAAGGUGGACAAAUUUUGGCUCUAGAUGAAGGAGAUGCUCAAGUUAUGCUUGACCAUUUCAUAGAUAUGCAAGAUGAGAAUCCAAACUUCUUUUAUGCUAUAGAUCUGAAUAAAGAGCAGCAGUUGAGAAAUGUUAUGUGGGUUGAUGCCAAAGGUAGGCUUGACUAUUGCAAUUUUUGUGAUGUAGUGCUUUUUGAUAUAACAUAUAUCAGGAAUGAAUAUAAAUUGCCACUUGCUCCUUUUAUUGGUGUGAACCAUCAUUGUCAGUUCCUCCUUCUGGGAUGUGCAUUAGUUGCUGAUGAGAGUAGAUCGACGUAUGUGUGGCUUUUGCGGGCAUGGUUUAGAGCAAUGGGCCGACAUGCUCCAAAAGUGAUACUUACUGAUCAAGAUUGCAUCUUGAAAGAAGCAAUUGCCGAGGUCUUUCCUGAUUCUCGACACUGUUUCUGCUUAUGGCAUAUAAUGAACAAGGUUCCCGAGAAGCUCGGCUACGUGAUGAGGCAACAUGAAAAAUUUAUGGCUAAAUUUAACAAAUGCAUUUUCAAGUCUUGGACAACCGAACAGUUUGAAAAGAGAUGGUGGAAAAUGGCUGAUAGGUUUCAUUUAAGAACUGACCUAUGGUUUCAAUCCUUGUAUGAAGAUCGCGAACGGUGGGUACCAGCAUACAUGAAAGAGGUAUUCCUUGCAGGGUUGUCUACGACACAGCGAUCGGAAAGUAUAAACUGUUUUUUGGAUAAGUACAUGCAGAGGAAAACUACGUUAAAAGAGUUUAUCGAACAAUACAAAGGAAUUUUACGUGAGAAGGCUGAAGAGGAAGUAAAAGCAGACUUCGAAACUUGGAAUAAACAGCCAGCAUUGAAAUCCCCAUCACCUUUUGGGAAACAAAUGGCAGCGAUUUACACUCAUGCAAUUUUCAAGAAAUUCCAAGUCGAAGUUUUGGGUGUAGUUGCUUGUCAUCCAAGGAAAGAAACUGAAGAUGGAGAAAUAAAAACUUUCAGAGUUCAAGACUUUGAAGAGAAUCAAAAUUUCAUUGUGGAGUGGAAUGAAUCAACAUCUGAUGUUUCAUGCUUAUGUCGUUCGUUUGAAUUCAACGGUUUUGUCUGUAGACACGUCAUGAUUGUUCUUCAAAUGUCUGGUGUACAUAGCAUCCCAUCUCAAUGCAUAUUGAAACGUUGGACAAAAGAUGCAAAGAGUAGACAAACACUAAGAAAAGGUUCAGAAGUGGUUGAGUCUAGAGUUAUACGCUACAAUGACAUAUGUCAACGGGCCUUUAAAUUAAGCGAUGAAGGGUCUUUAUCCCAGGAGAGUUACAAUGUUGCAUUCAGUGCAUUGGAAGGAGCUUUGAGAAAGUGUGAAAGUAUUAAUAACUCAAUUCAGACUGAAACACAACCAAGCUCACCAAGUCAUGGUCCUCAACGCUUUGAAGAAGUGAACCUAAGUAGCCGGACUGGCAUGGAAAAUAAAAAGAAUGGUGCAUCUAAGAAAGGACAGGUGCAUUCAGAGCCAGUGGAUAUGGCUAUUCGGAUUCAAGAAAGCUGGCAGCAUAUGGAACAAAUGAACUCGAGAAAUCCAACUGUUGAUGGCUAUUUUGGCAGCCAAGAAGUUGCUCAGGGAAUGAGCCAAAUAAACCAGAUCGCUCCAAACCGUGAUGAUUAUUAUAGCAAUCAACAUGGUGUGCAAGGACUGGGACAAUUGAACUCGCUUGCACCUAUCCACGAGGCACAUUACGUAACCCAACAAAGAAUGCAUGCCAUGGGGCAGUUACAUCUCAGACCACAAACUGCUUCGGCUGUCCAGGACAGUUUGCAAGACAUGGAUCAGUCUAAUAUGGGAUCCACACAGCUUCAUGGCCUGGAAUCAAAACACUUGCAUUCAAAGCACCCAUCUCGUUAGUUGCUCGAGUUAUAUUACAAGCUACUCAUUUUAGUAAAUUCCGAAAGUUGUAUGCAUUUUAGCAGACCAUUGUCCUUAUCUAACUCUUACAUAGGUUUCCGCAAUGAUUAUGUUUCGAUAACUACUAUGUUGUAGAUGUGGAUACAAUUUCACAUUUAUUUCUUUUGCUGGGAAUGCUUCUUUUUUUUUUUUUUUCCUUUUUUUUGCCCCAGAUAUGGAGAUCUUAUCUUGUAUGUAGAGCCUCUCUUCUAAAUUGUAAGUACCAAGUUGUUUCUUCUUGUGAAUAGAUAAUCAUUGUUAACUUACAAGAU